ACUGUCUCUCCCCAUCCGGGGCAGCGGGGAAUGGCUGAGCCAGGGGUUCGCCGCCCCCGCCGCCGCCGCCGUCGCCGCCGCCGCCGCCCGCUUUCGGCUCGGGCCGCAGGACCUUAGCAUCCUGAGACAUUUUGAAUUGACACCCCUCAAGAUUGACUGGAUCAGAGUUCAUCAUGUCAAAGUUGAAAAGCUCAGAGUCAGUCAGGGUGGUGGUUCGCUGUCGCCCCAUGAAUGGCAAGGAAAAGGCUGCUUCGUAUGACAAAGUGGUGGAUGUGGAUGUUAAACUGGGGCAGGUAUCUGUGAAGAACCCCAAAGGAACAGCCCAUGAAAUGCCCAAGACCUUCACCUUUGAUGCCGUCUAUGACUGGAAUGCCAAGCAGUUUGAACUAUACGAUGAGACGUUCCGACCACUUGUUGACUCGGUCCUGCAAGGUUUCAAUGGAACCAUUUUUGCCUAUGGACAAACUGGGACAGGAAAAACCUACACAAUGGAAGGAAUCCGUGGUGACCCUGAAAAAAGAGGAGUCAUUCCCAACUCAUUUGACCACAUCUUCACCCACAUCUCUCGAUCCCAGAAUCAACAGUACCUGGUCAGGGCUUCUUACUUAGAGAUCUACCAAGAGGAGAUCCGAGAUCUGCUCUCAAAGGAUCAGACCAAAAGGCUUGAGCUCAAAGAGAGGCCUGACACAGGAGUGUAUGUGAAAGACCUGUCUUCCUUUGUCACCAAGAGUGUGAAGGAGAUAGAGCACGUGAUGAAUGUGGGGAACCAGAACCGUUCUGUCGGUGCUACCAACAUGAACGAGCACAGCUCGCGUUCUCAUGCAAUUUUCGUUAUCACUAUCGAGUGCAGCGAGGUGGGCCUCGAUGGUGAAAACCACAUCCGUGUAGGGAAAUUGAACCUUGUAGAUCUUGCUGGCAGCGAACGGCAAGCCAAGACUGGCGCACAAGGGGAGAGAUUAAAAGAAGCUACCAAGAUCAACCUCUCCCUCUCCGCUUUGGGUAAUGUCAUCUCUGCUCUGGUGGACGGCAAAAGCACUCACAUUCCGUAUCGGGACUCAAAGCUUACCAGGCUCCUCCAAGAUUCCCUUGGUGGCAAUGCUAAGACUGUGAUGGUGGCCAACGUGGGGCCUGCUUCUUACAACGUCGAAGAGACUCUGACCACUCUGCGAUAUGCCAACCGUGCCAAAAACAUUAAGAACAAACCAAGGGUCAAUGAGGACCCCAAGGAUGCCCUCCUUCGAGAAUUCCAGGAAGAGAUCGCUCGGCUCAAGGCCCAGCUGGAAAAACGGUCCAUUGGCAGGAGGAAGAGGCGAGAGAAGCGGAGGGAAGGUGGUGGCAGUGGUGGGGGUGGGGAAGAGGAGGAGGAGGAGGGAGAAGAGGGUGAGGAGGAAGGGGAUGAUAAGGAUGAUUACUGGCGGGAACAGCAAGAAAAACUGGAGAUUGAGAAGCGGGCCAUUGUAGAGGAUCACAGCUUGGUUGCAGAGGAGAAGAUGAGGCUGCUGAAGGAGAAAGAGAAAAAGAUGGAGGACCUGCGGCGGGAGAAGGAUGCUGCCGAAAUGCUGGGCGCCAAGAUCAAGGCCAUGGAGAGUAAGUUGCUUGUUGGAGGAAAAAAUAUAGUAGAUCAUACGAAUGAACAGCAGAAAAUCCUGGAGCAGAAACGACAGGAAAUUGCAGAGCAGAAACGUCGAGAAAGAGAAAUCCAGCAACAGAUGGAAAGUCGAGAUGAAGAGACCUUGGAACUUAAAGAGACAUACAGCUCAUUGCAGCAAGAGGUGGACAUCAAGACCAAAAAACUCAAAAAGCUCUUCUCCAAGCUUCAGGCAGUGAAGGCUGAGAUCCACGACCUCCAAGAAGAACACAUCAAGGAGCGCCAAGAGCUAGAGCAGACUCAGAAUGAGCUCACCAGGGAACUGAAACUCAAGCAUCUGAUUAUAGAAAACUUUAUCCCUCUGGAAGAAAAAAGUAAAAUUAUGAAUAGAGCCUUCUUUGAUGAAGAGGAAGAUCAUUGGAAACUACAUCCUAUAACUAGACUGGAGAACCAGCAGAUGAUGAAGCGGCCAGUCUCAGCCGUGGGAUAUAAGAGACCAUUGAGCCAGCACGCAAGAAUGUCCAUGAUGAUUCGUCCAGAGGCCCGAUACAGGGCAGAAAACAUUGUGCUGUUAGAGCUGGACAUGCCUAGCCGGACCACCAGAGACUAUGAGGGUCCAGCCAUUGCCCCCAAGGUUCAGGCUGCAUUGGAUGCGGCUCUGCAGGAUGAAGAUGAGAUACAGGUGGAUGCAUCAUCCUUUGAAAGCACUGCAAAUAAGAAAUCCAAGGGCAGGCCUAAAAGUGGAAGGAAGUCGGGAUCCUCCUCCUCUUCCUCAGGAACCCCUGCAUCUCAGCUUUAUCCACAGUCUCGGGGGCUGGUUCCAAAGUAAAGCCAGCUCCUCCUCUCCCAGGGCGGAAACAGCAUUUGCCUUCUGGGAGAAGAGACUAGCAAAAAGCUGCAGAGAGGACUCGGCCCAAACUCAGAACCGUUCUCCUGAGGAGAAGCGAUGGCCUCUUUGCAGAUCAACCAGCUUAAUCUGGUCAAACGUGCUGUUCCUAAUCUGGCACUCAGCCCCUCUGGGAAACAUCUUUUAAUUAGCAUCUCAGAAAUGCAUGGGUAAGGUAAAGUGCGAUAGUCCAAGUGGAAAGCAAGAGAAUGACCAGUGACCUUGCUUCCUUCCACCUUGCCUUCUUCUCCCCCUUCCCCUGCCCUCCCUUUCUCUCCUCUCUCCUUUUCUGGCCUGUUCUUUUCAUGGGGCUCCCUUCUUGUUGAACAAUAGGGCAGAAUCAGGAGUCCCCUUAGCAGGACCACAUCUUUGGAGCCUUGGGAUAAAAUGACAGUGAGAUUGAAAAGUGAAAAGCCUGGAACUUGACUAGGUGCCUGUUCUUGUAGGGAGAAAUGAGAAAUCGUAUUUGAAUCCAGGCCCCAGGUGGGCACCAUCAGCUCUGUUGCCUCCAUGCACCUCAGUAAGAAGUGGAUCUGCCUUUGGGGCCUGCCCAGUGAGGAAAUCUCUUCCAGUUUCUGCUUCUGAAGGAUUCAAUGUUGGGAGCAAUAGAAAUAACAUUCCCUUUGCCUCCUCGGAGUAUUUAGGGAAAUAGCUUCUUUAAAACCUCAAAACCGUGACCAUCCUGUCGAAGACCUAAGUCUGUAAGCUGGUGCCAUGUCCAUACACCAUAUCACUUUACUCUUCAUUUGUCACCAUUUUUUCCCAUGCACGCGUACUCUGAGCAUCCUUGUGUGGGCCCAUCCUCUGCCUCCAGAGCAUGCUGUGCAGUGGGCCUGUUUAGUGUGAGAAAGGAGGCUUGCUCUGCCUUCUCUGAUGGGCUAGAGUUGAGGGAAGGAGCUGUAUAGUGGCACUUUUGAAUUCCCCGUUUUGUUCCAUAUUGGUAUAGAGAGCAGAAAAGUAGCUAGGCAGAUGCAGAGAUGGAGACAUGAGACUCAGUGCAGUGGGUAGGGAAGACAUAACAGAUGGAAGCAAAGGAAUCCUGCCUGCCUUCAGCAGAGAAUUCACUGAAUCCUAGAACUGUGGCUCCCUCCAGGCAGAGCCUAAGAUGUUGGUGAAGAGUAGCUGCGUGAUUGAAUAGGCUCAAAGGAGAGUUCAGAAUUCCCGUUUACAUAUUACUAGUUUGGUUUGUAAGUUUUAGUUCCUUGUAUUAUUGAGAUUCAGAGCUUCAUUUUAUGUUGGUCAUUAGGUGAAUAUUACUCAUUUUUCCCCAAGAGAAGCUCAUAAGUGUGUGUGGGUGUGAGAGCACGAUGGUGCCUGUGGUCUGUGAAUGUGUCCAUGUGUGUCUGUAAGAGAGACAGAGACCAAGAACUUGCCCAAUUUUAGAAAUCCACUAAUGUGCAGUUGUUGCCUUUUGUCUGUAUUAAAGGCCCAUUGAAUGACUAAUCCAGGCUGGAAGCACUCCCAUGUGGGUGUCUGAGUCCACGAGCCAAGCCUGAGGGGAUAGUAUGAGUCUCCAGGUCUGCCACACUGGUGCACCUUGCUGGCACGGUGCUUCAGGAAGGUGGCGACUCAGGUGGGCCUUGAGUUAUAUUUUAACUCAGCUGCUCAGUUCCCAGGGCACAUUUCUGGAUCAGAACCCGUGGGAAAUAGGAGGUACUAAGUGCAAUGUCUUAGCAUUCUGCAAAAUGGAGAUCUGUUGUCCAGUGGCUUAUCUCCUUUUUAGUAACCCUUUUUAGUAACCCUUCUUUCUGAACCCAGGGGCCUUUUCAGCCUUCCCUCAUCUUUUCUUGAGAUCAAACCUUGCUUCUUUCUUAUUUACUAAGAAUUUGCCUAUUUGAAUAAGAACAAAACGCUAAGGUGGGUAGCCUAUGCUGGUUGUCUGCUGGUUACACGUGUCUCUCACACCACAUUUCCUCAAAGCUAAUCUGAAUUCUGUAGGCUAAAAAUAUUCAUGUAGCAAAUCUGAGAAGUGAAAACUGCAGAUAACCGGCCGGGUAUGGUGGCUCACGCCUGUAAUCCUAGCACUUUGGGAGGCCGAGGUGGGCGGAUCACCUGAGGUUAGGACUUCAAGACCAGCCUGGCCAACAUGGUGAAACCCCAUCUCUACUAAAAAUACAAAAAUUUGCCAGGUGUGGUGGUGCAUGCCUCUAGUCCUAGCUACUUGGGAGGCUGAGGCAAGAGAAUCACUUGAACCUGGGAGGUGGAGGUUGCAGUGAGUCGAGAUCACACCACUGCACUCCAACCUGGGCAACAGUGAGACUCUGCCUCAAAAAAGAAAAAAAAAAAAAAAAGAGAAAGAAAACUGCAGAUAACCCUAUACGUUAAUACUGGUAUCUCAAGGUGACUCUUCUGACCAAGGGUGGUUAAGUGACACAUAGAACUUUUCUAAGAGAAGACAGACAAGUUGACAGGCCUGUCUUGUACUCAGCUGUGUUUAUGUGGUGGUCUGUGGAAACAAAAGAAAAGAAGACUUAGUUGGAAAUGAAGCUGUCCCUUUCCAAGCAGUCUCUGGUGCUUUUCUUCUCUAAAAAUGGAUCCGAUAAAUAUUUGAAUAGAGCAGAUUGUAGAAUGUCGUGCUGCCACCAGAAAGCUGCUGCUUUGGGUUCUGCAUUGAACCAAAUAUGUAGAGGACCUACCAAGCCCACUGAGGGACCAGGUUUUCAUGUCUCUAGUCGUACCUAGAAUGUUCUGAGCCGUCUGAGGGCCUUUAUGCCAGAAGCAGCUAGCAAAGCCAGAAAGCAAGUCUGACAGGAUCUAAGAUGGCCAUCAGGAGAAGGAGUUUGAGACUGUGUGUGCAGCCCCCAAUAGACCCCCUUUUACUCUGAUCUGGAGAAUGUAUUUGGCUUCAUAUUUUAAAGUCACAUGUCUCUCAGACCCCUGGAUUCAGAACCCAAGGCCACAAAUCAAAGGCAUGAAGCACUUUCUUAAGACUGACCUAACGCUGGAUUAUUUCCCGUCUAAUGCCUGCAUGCUGCUUGAAUUGCUCCACCCACACCUCCAUGACCAAGGGCGCCAGAGUGCUGCAGCUCGGGCGUGGGCUGCUCUCUGCUUUUCCUGUCUGACUCUGACAAGUCCUCCCUCACUGAAUGUAGAAUUGUUGCCAAGUUUCUGAGAAGUGUCGAUUCCCUGUUAACGUGGAUAUCAGUUCUGCCUCACAUUUCCCACUUGAGGUUGAGGCGUACUGGAGACAACACCUCAGACCAUCUGAACCCCAUCUGUGGUCGAAAAUGGGGCUGUUAAUAUACUCUAAAAGCCAUACUAAAAAUGCUCUGAGGGAACUGGCUAAGAAUAGUGGGCCUGGCGAUUAUCACGCAAGGCUUUGUUUUGUGCUGUUCAGAAAUCUGUCACCUUUCUGCCUGCCCUUGUUGCCUGAAUGAAAUGCUUCUGGGGUUAUUUAUGAAGGAGUGAUACUGGGGCCGGCAGGAAGCAGUGGGCUUUAUGGCUCCUUGAAGUUAUUACUGUUCUCGACCUUCUCUUUGGCUACCUUUAGACAAAGAAUAUGCCAAUCAAUACUUGGGGCUCUAAGUUUUACAAUUGAUAUUUAUUUGUAUCAUCUCUUUGUCUAGGAAUGUAAAAGUGAUUCUAAACUAAGAUGUGUAAUAAAAAUCAAUCAGAUUUAUUGUACCUACAAAAA